AUGCUCGCCGAUAAACCAAGCACUGCUUCCGCCUUACCACAAGUCAUUGAACACAAACCGAGAGCAUUCCACUCCUUCCCGGGUGCGCAAUAUAUUCUGCCGUCAGAUGAUGAGGAACGCAGUAGACUUGAGCUUCAGCACCGCGUUAUCUGUCGUGCGUUGGGCAACAGACUCUUCAUAGUCCCCCUCUCUAUAAAGAAGGGCGAUAAAAUCUUGGAUUGUGGAACAGGAUCAGGGAUUUGGUUAUUAGAUAUCGCAAAAGCGGUCCCCCCUGAAGUUGGUCUGCAAGGAAUCGACAUAGAAUCCCGUCUGUUUCCGUCCAGUAAACCGGAAAACGUCAACUUUUCCGUAGAAACGGCUUUGCGACUUCCCGACGGUUGGCAAGAUGCCUUCACAUUCGUGCAUCAGCGACUUCUCAUUGCGGGCCUUCAGGCGAAGGAAUGGCCCCAGGUCCUCCGUGAGAUCCAUCGAGUCCUCGCACCUGGCGGAUGGGUCCAGCUUCUCGAAGCGAAGGAGGAACAAGGUGCCGACAACAAGCCCGUGACCAUGCGGCAGAGGGCUUUAAACAAAGCCCUUUUCUCAGCCAGAGGGCUGCUCUUGGACUGCGCAACCCAUAUGCCUGAUCUUCUUUGGGAGGCCGGCUUUGAAAGCGUCGAAGUGCGGGAACUGCAUCUGCCGGUUGGCGCUUGGGCUGGAGAUGAGGGCAUCGAGACUCGGGAGAGUUUCUUGAACGUCUUCCGAGGCAUGAAGACCCCAGUACUAAAAGCGGGAGGCUUAGGAUUUAUUUCAUCGGAGGAAGAAUUCGAUUCUAUGAUGGAUGGAUUGGCUAGGGAAUGGGAUGAAACUGAAGGUAGCACUAUUAAUCUUUGUGUUUUCUGCGCUCAGAAACCGCCGAGCGAGAAUUAA